CGACGGCGACGGCAACAACAAUAUUAAGUUACACAGUUUUGAUUGUUGUUUGUUGGUCGGUACUCUGUCUGUGAGUUCAUACAGGGCUGUUGUCGAUGAAAGUGUGUGUUACAUUGAUUGUUUGGCGCAUACGUACCGCUUACGAGGCUCACACCAUUGAGGAAAUGACUGGCUGCACCAACCCCACUACAACUAAACACUGCAACCCCAGUUCUGCAUGAUUAUCGUACCUUGCGGUAUCACUGCGGCUAGUACUUAUCGAACAAGGAAGUGCCAUCUCUGGAAAACAACACCAGCUGAUUCGAACGGAGACUGAGAGCUCGCUGCUGUGUGAAUGCAAAUAGAAGUUAGUGCAAUAUCUGCACAACAGCAAAUAACAGACAGUUUCUAUAUAGAAAACUCUCCAGAUGUGAGAUUAGCGACGUACGCCUCCGGGCAGCCCUGACACCUAUAAUGGCCGCCUUGAAAAUGGCCUUUUACUUUUGAACACAAAUUUAUAGUGAUACCGGAAUGCAAAGAAAUUUAUCUCAAAGUGGUUACUGAGCUCGUGCUACGAUAAAGUGCUCGUCGGCUCUAGAACUCGGCCCGGCCAGUUCUAUUAGAGAAGGAAUAAUAUUCCAGGCUACCAAUAACACUCGGAUAUUGAGAGGAAAACUUCAGCUGAGAGAGCGUCGGCAGUAGGACUUACUGGAAGGCGCAAAAGCGCAUAAGUCAGCCGACGGCGACAGGCCAGAAAAACAAGCGAUACAAACAACUCUGUAUAUAUAUAUACAUAUAUAUAGAUAUAUAUAUAUAUAUAUAUAUAUAUAUAUAUAUGUAUAUAUAGUAUUCAGUAGGUUAAUUAAACAAACGCGCGUAUCUCUGUAUGAAAAAUACGGACGAGAAAUAUAUGGAAAUUUGAAGACGACAAAAAUUGUUAAUGUAUAAGUGGUACAAGCAAAUGAAACAGCAACUGUAGGUAAAUCGAAUAGCAACAAGGCGUAAUAUUUAGAUCUCGUGCAAUCUACAGCUACCCUGAAUCCUACCUCUGCCUGUUAAUAUCAUUGCCGUGCCUAUGCUUUUACCAGGACAUGUUCCGCCUUAAGUAGCUGCGUCGUAUGUAACUUUGGUUCAUCUCGGCAAGCUUCUCGGUUAACGCUUAACAGCCAGUUCUCCCUGACUAAACAGUGUAUAUGUUUACCGCUCUGGACCUUUGAUUGCAUUAAGAAGAAUUGUGCAUUAUCACUGAUUGGCUAAUGUGCUAAGGUGUAUUGUUAUUACCUACACGGACCCAGCGUAGUGUCUCGGAGUUGUCUGGACUAGUCACAUUCGAAGUGGUUUUUCUACAUACAAAAUAAUCUCGUGCAGUCAACUGAUCUCUUAUUUCGUCUUCCUCGCUUGUCCUUAGCUCCUGUUUGAGACAAAGUCAAAAUUGAUCGAAAUCGCAACACGAACAAGGUAAUCCCUUGUUUUUUGUACUGUGGUAAGUUGAAACGUUAUGUUCUGCUACAUGUUAUCGGCCGCCCAGGCCAUCCUGCGGCAGCAAGCCCUCCUUGAGAGCACGGGUCAGCCAACGCUGGGUCCCGAGCCGAGACUCGCGCCGGUUGUGGGGGAUGUAGGCCUACAGGACAGCUUGCGGGCGUCUACCGAAUCGAAGGAGCUUGAGGCCGAAGAUGACGUCUCCGUCGAUGAUGAUGAACCAACGGUGACGGCGGCUAACAAUGGAGACGAAAUGGAGCGAGUUGCAAAGGCCAGCCCCGAGGAUCAAGGUGAACAGGAAGCCGCCGGUUCCGAGGAUGAACCUCCUCGGCCAAGUGAGCCCCAAGAGGAGACCGAAGAUGACCCAAACAACUGUGACCCCCAAUCGAAUAAAUGGCGCGGCGCAGAAAAAGAUCUCAAAUUUUCGAUUGAGAAAAUUCUCUCGCCAGCAUUUGGCAAUGAUUUCUGGGCGCAAUUCCCAUUCUACCGGCCGGAGGUGGACUUUCUCCAGCUGCAGAGUCUGGCCGGUAAUCUUCAACGACUCCAACAACUGCAUGCCGAACAGGCAAAGUUGAGCGCCGCAGCGGCAGCAGCGUCUGCACAAAGCACAGCGGGCCACAUUAACCAUGCAGCUGUUGCAGCAGCUGCCGCUGCUGGACACGGUGGCCAUUUGCAGGCAAUGCAGAGUCUUGCAACCUUGCAAAACUGCCUCAAAGCAAGUAUACAGCAGCCUCAUGCUACAGCUUUGAACGGAUUAAACGCCUUACAUCAUGUCACUGGUCGGCAGUCGUCUGAAACAUUGCCGGGUAGUGCCCUCAACAACCUUCAGUUAUCCGCGCUACAGUCGAUGCAACAAUUGCAAAGUCUCCAAUUAAUACAAAGCCGAAAAUCGCCCGAAAGCAGAAAACGGCGGAGAAGCUCGGAUGAACCGACUUCGCCAGCGCGAACGCCUGAGGUAACGUCGCCUCAGUCUGGCGCAAGCACCGCGGCAACUGCGGCGCGCAUCGAAAGGCACGAAGAUUCGGAAAGUCAGGACACCGUCGCUGACGAUUCGAGACUGAAGAGCUCAGAAGAAGGUUCAAAUACGGGCGAAGAAGUUGUAGGAGUUGAUAAGCGAGGUCUGUGGCCUGCCUGGGUGUACUGUACACGAUACUCGGAUCGGCCGUCCAGCGGUCCCCGGUCAAAGAGGACGAAACGUAAGGAGAAGUCUGAUGAAAAACGUCCCCGAACAGCCUUUACCGCCGAACAGCUUCAGCGACUCAAGAAAGAGUUCCAGGACAACCGAUACUUGACAGAAAAGCGUCGACAGGACCUGGCGUCGGAACUAGGAUUGAAUGAGUCUCAGAUUAAGAUUUGGUUCCAAAAUAAACGCGCCAAGCUUAAAAAGUCUACGGGACGACCUAAUCCGCUCGCGUUGGAGCUCAUGGCUCAAGGACUAUAUAAUCACACGACGGCCGGUGACGAUGGAGGGAGUAGCAGCUAGGCAGUUGCUAGAAUAUGCACAGAGCACUGAGUAUGCGUAAAAGCUAAUCCUCGAUACAACUAAUUAUCAUUACGCAACAACCACAGUAUAAUCUACUCUAACGGCGUAAAAAUUAGCGAGCAAAGGUAAUGGGGAAAUGUCGCUCGCUGUCGUGUCGGAACGGGAUAAAAUCGAGCACGUGCGUAUAAUAGGUAGGCUGACUAUUAUGGACUACUACUAGUGCACGUCGAAAAUGGCUUUGCCUUAAAUAGGCGGAGUGAUCGGUGGACAGCAGCUAUCACGCUUUCGAACUGCAGGCUAGCGAUACAUUCGUCUGUAGUUCCUAUGGAGGUAUACAUAGAUUAGCUGGUAACCAGUGACCGUCUGCUUAGGGUGGUCAUGUGCAGUUAGCUGUACGGCCGCCGACCACGGCCGAACUUAGUAGCGAGACGUGAACUCUCUCAGAAAGGAUCGCAAUAGUGAUCUUGAACACUCAAAGCUUAUACGCCAGUAUAUGUGCAUGUAUCCUUAUACAGAUGAGAUUACGGAGCAAAAAAGCAAAGGCGACUAGGGACAAGUACUAGGCAACCAAUAUGAACGUCUUUAGGAGGUUCAGUUACGUAAACGGAUGGUGAAACAGGUACUACUCUGCGGCAUACACUGUGCAGCGGGAUCUUUGAAGGUAGAUAUAAUAUCGUUAGCGUAACCGGAAAGGAUAUGGAGAACUUUCCCCAACUGGUGAGAAUAAAGUGGUCUAUAAGGGUAAAAAUGAUAUGUGCGAUGUACAGUUUAUGGCUGUGCAUGAGUGCUUAAGGAAGCGGUCAUGUAUAUGCGUGUCGAACGUCUGCGCGGAUCUUGUUUGCGUAGACCAAUGCGAGGAUGGACAGAGCUGUUAAUUUAAUGCGAAUACCUGGUAUCUAGUAGACAUUUUUUCUCAAAUAAUUUAGUUGAUCAUAAACCAUGUAGCCAAGCCAGUGUCAACUGUACGACAGCUGCUAAGAGCCAGUGAAGCUGUGUUACAUUCGAAAUUAGCGAAAAACCCGCGCACUUCUUAAGCGCAUAUGACAGUCGAAUGGUAACAUAUGACACAAAUCCUUAUAAUAAUUAUGAUGGUAUGUAUGGAUGCAUGUAUGGGAAAGCUAUAUUACUGAAGCUCCGCUUAUGGUGGUCUCAAUAACAUAUACCUAUUGGUCGAGGAAAAAGAAAACAUCGACACGAUCAUACAUGAAGACGGAGGAGGGCCUGCAUACACCGCAAUGAUGUUGAGAAUGAUCGUGUUCAAAACCGUUCUAAGAACAAAACUAUUCCCUAAACUAGAAAGCUGCCCGGCGCACAGAUAAAACUGGAUCACACACAGAACAAGCGAGUAGAAUUAAAGACGUGUAGACAUAUGCACCAGAAACGAUAUAGACAACUGAAUAACAAGACAAAAAAAAAAGUUUAUGGAAAGUAAUUUUGUUUGCCAUUGAAACGCAAUCACAACGAACGAAUCAACAAACGAUAUUCUGCUGAUAAUAACGCAUUGAUCAGCUUAUGUUUAAAAGCGUUCGAGGUCAGAAACGGGAUGGGACCGUUCACCUAUAAAUACAACUUCUGGCCUUUGUUUGAUCCCGAUGUAAACUAUUGACAAGGACGAACCCGAACAACGAACGGGGAAAGAAAGAGAGACGUUGAGAGAACGCCAGAAGAAGCAAAUUAGCCGCUAAUCAACAAUCGGUUUUACGCAAUGCACGCCGAUUAAAUAAAAGACAAACGACGCGCGUAAACAAACAUAAAUGGGCCACAGUAAAAAACAGGGAAAUGCACUCGGGAAGGGGGAACCAUUUAGAAAGCAGCGGAUACAUCACAACUCGACCGAAGGAAUUAACAUAGAAACAAUUGUAAUAACACAUAGCCACACACACUCAUAUGCCUCUUUCCUUGUGAAAUACAUAUUAUAUAAUAUGGAAGGGAUGGUGAUAAUGAUCAUCGCCAUUAUGACCAGCUUACAAUGAUUGUGAAGGAAAUCUUCCUCUCCUAUUGGAAAGCUUGAAACCGAGUCUCGAGGGAGAAGAUUCUUUUACCUAGCUAUAUAUAUAUAUAUAUAUAUAUAUAUAUAUA